AUGGAUCCAUCCAUCCAUCCAUGUAUCAAUAUUCAUUCACCUAUCAAUAUCCGAGAUUCCAACAACAAUCAUUCAAUUACACUUGGCCACCAGGCACCAGCCAACAACAGUCAACACUCCCCAUCACCUAUCCAACUUCAUCCCAACCCAGGUGAUCCCACUCAACAGAUGGCUCUGAUACUUCUGUUUCUGCUGGCUGAUGCCUCCUUCCUAUGGUUAUCCCUUCUGCUGCCUGGUCAACCAUUCACCACAUCCAACCUCACAUAA